AUGCGCAUUGCCAGGGCUCCAACGAAGCUCCAGACGGAGCGCUUUGGCACCAGCAUCUCAGUGCUACCGACGCCACGGACUGUGCGGCCACGGGCUGCUGAUUCGAACGACUCCGGCAGUGUUUGGCAGGUGGUGUUUCGGCAAGUUGAGCCAAUUGAUCCAGCUCGGCCAUUCUUGCCAGUCUGCGAAGAUCUGUCCCAGCAGGCAUCAUCACCACGACGCCAUACACAAGAUGCAGCAGUCCAUGCCCUCAGAUCCACGCGGGAGGAGGACAAUAGGGAAGAAAAACACCUGCGGGACUUGCGAACUGGUUGGCGAUGA